GUGUUUGUGUCUGUGUGUGUGAUUGUCUGUCCACCUGUGUAUGUACACACACUAUAUCAAUUUGACUGUUGUAGCUGGUUAUUUAUGAAUUGGACUGUUGAAGUGCUAAAAGAUUGAAGACUAAUAGGAAAAGGGAACGUAAAGGAAAGACAACUGGGAUGAGAGCUUGAAAAAGAACUGCUGGAGUUUCUCUCUCUCUCUGUGUGUGGGCUUGUCCUUCACUAUUAUUUUAUGAGUCUGCGCUGCACUCGCCUCAUUCAGACCUUUAAUUAAGUAUUGGAUACAUGCUGAGCUCACCCCACUGAAGUGGAAAAAUGUGUUAAUACAUAUCCUUUUAUCAGUGUGUGUCCACUUUGAACUCAUCAUACAUUAAUUUUGAGUUUGAUUACAGUGCAUUUGUAUGUUACUUUCUGUGUACACUUGAAAUCUCUCAGUGAUUUCAUAAACAUGGAAGUAUCUUCAUACUAAUUAACACCAAAACAUUAAAUAUUAUGAUUAGGAUGAAGCCCAUAAAACCUACAGGAAAUAACUUACUUAUACUAUAAAUACUUUAUUAGGUGAGUCCUUGUGUGGCUUUGUGUGACAUCAUUUUCCAAUGUAACAAAGAUGAGAAACAAAAAAUCCUAAAGGAUCUACUUGAAAGAUAUGCACCUGAAAAUCCACAUCAAUGUCUUUCUCAGUACUCACUACAAUACAUGUAGUCUUUACUGCAGCACAUAUACUGACUGUACUUGUGUGUAGUAUGUAGUACAUAUGUGCAGUAUGUCAGUGCUGGCUGCGAUAGAAACAAUAAAAAGGACCUGUUCCCACGGUAAUGAGAAAAGACGAACAGCCUGAGGCAGCUUGCUGAGAGCUGUACAGACAAAACGUUAUGAAUCAUUCAGUCUACAUUAAUUUUGAAACAUGGUGAUGAUAAACAGAAAUUCUGAUUUAUGACUAGAAACGCCAUGCAUUAUGUUCUGGAAGUCUGCAUACAGCUACCGAGAAAGCAACACAUGGAAAAGACUGUUAUUCCCAUUCUUUACAUAUAUACUACUUCACUAGACUGUUGUUUCACCCUUGUUGCCUUCUGUACCACUAUAAUAUACAUGUAGCAUGAAGUAUGUGUGUGUGUGUAUGUGUGUGUUGGAAGAAGGGCUCUAAUUUAGUAAUUAUUUAAGUGGUAAAUCCAGCAUCGGUCUACCUGAGAGUACACCGUCUACAUCUAAAUGCAGGAACUUGACUGUGUUUUAUAGAUUUAAAAGCCUUAACGGUUUGUUUACAUCUGUUGUAUCUGUUAACAUUGGCACUAAUUUGGCCUGUAUGUUACAAACAGUGGCUGGCGUUCGAAACAUGGGAAGAGAUUACAACCUGUCAAGCGUUUAUGUGUAUAUAAACUAAAUGCUAUGCUGCUGGGAUGUAACAGCCCAGAUUGGUGCUUUGAGACAUUUUGUAUGGUACAAGGAUUACGCAAGUAAGGAUGGCUCUUUUCAGUGAGCAGGUUGUGGAGGUUUGAUGGUGUGCAAAGUGACUGUAAAAAUGCUAUAAAUGGCUUGUAAUGCAAAAGUAUUAUUUUAAGGCCCUUGCUAUGUAAAAUAUUCCUCCAGUGCCUUCACAUUUACAGUAUGUCAUCCCUAUGUUUACUUACUGCAGAUAAUGCUAACUUUGAUUGUAGUUUCUUCAUAGAUUGAAAUAGUGUUGCCUUUUGAAAACAGACGAGAAUCUAGUGGUUGAAAUUUCUUCUCUGUGUUUUGAGUUUGAAAAAGUAUUAUUCUAUAUUGUAGCUAAUAAAGUGAUUGCAUUUUUUUCUUGUCUCCUUUUCUCUCUGUUUGUGGCGUCCCUCCUUUCUUUAUUCACUCUUUUUCCUUUCUUCCUACUCCCUUACCACCUUGGUUGCUUCACUCUUUUCUCCUCUAGUUGCCUCACUGAAUCUGAGACAGACAGUGGGGAGGUCAGGUAUAAAUCAUAACCUAACUGAACUUGUGACACCACCUUUUCACCUUGGAUUGUCCCUCAGCACAGUAAUCACUUUUAAAUAAAACAGGCCUUUCAUGAAAUCACAUGAACUAACUGACAAAUUCUAGUCUUUUAUGAAAAAAAUAUAAAUGCUGUACAAUAAUAUUCUGCAGACUGAAGAUUAAUUUGAUGCACUUGGAUUUCGCAAGCUAUAACACUGAUUUCACAUAAGUGCAUCUUUUUCACACUUUCACUCACACUAACUACACUAAAAUGAACUCCAACUUCUCUUUAAAGUGUUCCUUUAAAACACACCAACCCAAUAGUAUUAUGCUCUGCUCUCUGUUAUCUGCCAGUGACAGAUCUCCAGUGCAUCAAUCCUCUGACCAAGUUGGUGUUUUACUCGCAACCUUUAGUGGAGUGAAUGAUGUGGAGGCCAUGCCGACAUCUGUUUAUUUUGACCAACCACAGCCACAGUCAGCAAUGUCAUCUGCCAAUCAGCAAAGGCCAGAGGAGGAUGCCACAACACCCAACCAUGUCCUCCUUUCCAAUCCUGGCAGUGUCUUAAAAGCCCAAAAUCAGGAGAACAAUGUGUCAUCCACAACACACUUUCAUGUAGUUGCCAUCCCAAUGUCAUAUUCAAGUUCUGUUGACAUGUUUUGUCACAUGCAACCAACAUGUUCAUCUAAUAUGAACUAUGCAUCAGCUCCAAUGCUGGCACCUUUACCCUACACUGGCCAAACCCAAAUAUCAUCCUCCCACACCCAAAGGCCAAAUGACACUUCACUUGAUGUGUUUUUGCCAGCCAACAUGCCACAGUCUUUUCUUGAGCCGAGUCCUGUUUGUACCCAGACUCUAGCAUCUGAUUCACCUGCUUUUAGUGUUUUACAUGGGGAAACAGUAGGACUUUAUUCCUCAGCUGGUAGCAACCAGUCACUAGUUCAAAACCAAGCACCAGAGAGAUCUUCUGAUAUUGUCCCUGUCCAAAGUCCAGCUGCUUCAGAUGGCGCCUUUACAGAACCACCAAGCUUUCAACUGUGCACCACUGAAAGCAGUUCCCCUUUACUACCACUAGAGGACAGCACAGACUCAGAAAAGGUUGGGUCCAGUAACCAUGUGACAAGGCAUGAUGGUGAUGACCAUAAAUUAAACAGUCCUGCUAUUGAGUCUCAGAAGGCAUCACAAGCUCAAAUUGACCUUUCACCUAAACACAGUUCCCAAGGCCAAGUCAAUAGUGGUGUAUCUCAUAUAUCAGCACGUCAUCACGUGUUAUCUACCAAACCAGUCAGGAGAGAGCUCCUGUCAUGUCCUCUGGACUUCUUGCCCAGAGCCGCACCCUGUCCCCCUCCCCUAACCCCCAGCGCUCCAAAACAGCCCACACAAAACAUAAACGCUGAGUGCUGUAGUCCAUUUCAGGCAAGUGAGGAGGCAGAGGAGCCAGAACUCAGCAGCCAUGAGUCUGCAGUUGUCAAGACCAUGAUCAAAGGACCUGCAGCGACCCCGGGGCUCCGUCCACGGACUGGUUUAAUCACACCGUCGUUUGGUAUGAAGGGUAAUGGAAGUGCUAGUGUUCCAAGGGGUCCUGUCCCAGCCCGACCUGCGCCUCAGCCCCACCCUAAAGAUGAGGACUCUCUGGUCCAAAUGGCAGAACACAUCCCUGCUGGGACUCGCACGCCCAUGUGUGCCCACUGCAACAUGGUCAUUAGGGGGCCAUUUUUGGUAGCAAUGGGGAAAUCAUGGCAUAAGGAGGAAUUUAACUGUUUCCACUGCCGUACGUCCCUGGCAGAUAUAGGCUUUGUUGAGGAACAGGGAUCUGUCUACUGUGAACACUGCUAUGAAGAUUUCUUCGCUCCAUCGUGCAGCCGCUGCCAAACCAAGAUACUGGGGGAGGUGAUAAACGCCCUCAAACAGACGUGGCAUGUCUACUGCUUUCUGUGCGCUUCCUGUCAGCAGCCGAUCAGAAACAACACCUUCCACCUGGAGGAUGGAGAACCAUACUGUGAACAAGACUUCUACAAUUUGUUUGGGACUGGCUGCCAUGGUUGUGAGUUCCCCAUCGAGGCUGGAGACAAGUUCCUGGAGGCCCUCGGUUACACCUGGCAUGACACCUGCUUUGUCUGUGCUGUGUGCUGCACCACUCUGGAAGGCCAGACGUUCUUCUCAAAGAAAGACAAACCUCUUUGCAAGAAACACGCUAACACACUGAAAAUAUAAUUUUUGGACUCUUGUCUUUCUUUUCUCUUUUGCUGUAGUGGGGAGGCCUCUCAAUAAUAGUUAGUUCAUGCAACAAUAAAACUCAAGCAAUACUUGUACCAGCAUGGUGGUGGCUCCUGCAGGUGAAAAAGUGAACUUUGUCUUGUCCCAAUGCCAUUGUAACAUUGUUUAAGAAUACAUUACCUAAUGUUGUGAUUGUUACUCGAAGCAGCAACAUUUAUUGCAGUUAAGCCUUGUUUUCAGUUUUUACCAAUUUUUACCAAAAAUGCUCGAAUUUUCUUAAAGGAUGACGAUUUUCACCAAAGUUUUAUGCACUCAUGCAUCCAAAAGUUAAACAGUCUUACUAAAACAACGGUGUACUACCAGACGGAGGUGGAUGUACACUUGCAGAUAAACAGAAUUUUGUGAUGCCAGUCUUUUUUUCUUAAUUUCAGAGUUUCUCAGAGGCAUGACAGUGGUGACAUCAUAAGAUUUUCUGUUUUAAGUUAGUGUACAAAGUGGCUGGGGUAACCUGCAAAAUUACACAUCUCUCAUUUCUAUUUUGCAAUUAGACAGUAACACAAAUGUGUGAAAAUAUAUAUUCAUACUCAGAAGUUAAUGGAAUAUUUACUUAUAAGGUUUCUAAAUUUAAGAUUUUCUUUCUCAUUUUGGCCAACACGGAUCUGGCCUUUUCCUUUGCUGUCCAUAUUAGGUAAAACUGUAUGAUGUCAGCCAUUAAAACAUCACAGUCUGCAUCAAAACAUUUCCAGAAUAGAUCUGCUGUGCUUUUAUUAGUUGUUUUAAUGCAGGUGGGACUGUGUGUGUGUGGUGAUGGUGAAAGCUGAUUCUUUUGAUCAGUGCUUUGAAUUAUUUUGAACUUUGUAUUUUAUAAAUGAAUUCUAUGUAUUUUAUUUUCUAUUUGUUGUGUGAAACUGCCUGGUUACAGUGACAAGGUCACAUUUAAUAUGGAUUUGGAGGCAGUGAGGCACUUAAGAAAGAGAGACAGAGAAAGAGAAGUGGUCUUGAUUUUAUGGAGGACAGAAUUAGCCCUGAAUAUAAAUGAAAUAAAUAAAUAUGCAUACAAAAUAAAUGAACCUAUACAAACAUAACAAAUAUAAAUCCAAUAUUUGUAUAUUUAUGUAUUUCUCUUUACUAUGAUAAAAAGACUGUUUCAUUCAAACCAUUUGCAUCUCCUUAGUGAAACAAGCUGGUAAUAGGGCAUGAGACUAGCAUAUCUAGACAAAUGCAUAGCAUCAGCAGAAAUGUGUUUUCUAUAAUGAGUGCCAUAUAGUUUAAUGAAUCAUAUUUUUAUUUAUUUUACCUAAUGUUAUUAUAUAUAUUUAUUUUGUAUUUUUAAUAGUUGCAUUAAUUUCUGGUUGAUUCAAUCCUCCACAUACUCCAUUAAAGGGAGUAGCUCUUUCUGCCUUUAAAUAGCAAAUAUGGAUACUCAUCCUUCUGUAGUAAACUCUGUAUAUUUUAUCUUGUUUAGGGAAAAGAAAUGUCUUAUCUGACAUUAUGUAUGCUGUCUGGGCACCUGGGUUUGUGAUAUUCAGGGAUUGGAUGGGGCGUAAUUUCUUAUGUGUUUCAAGUGUCUCACUUAACUGUCCACAAACUGUCCCAUUCUGUUGAUUUGGCAGUAUUUACUUUUCAUUCUGGCUUAAUUCUCACUUAAAAAACUAGGAACUAUUAAAGUUGAUCUGAGUUGUUAAAUAAAGGAUAUACUAUACUU